AUGAUUGGAAUUACAAUAAUAACGGGAUUUUUAGGUUCUGGGAAAACCACCUUACUUAAAAAUUUAUUAAAUGAAAGCUUAAAAAAAAAUAAAAAAAUUGCAAUAAUACAUAAUGAAUUCACAGAAAAUAAUAAUAAUAUUGACAAAAUAGUCUUUAAGGAUAUUAAUGAUAUAUAUAAUUUUCCAAAAGAAAAUGGAGAAAAUAUAAAUGCAUUUAAUAAUGAAAAUAUAAACAGUUUGAAAAUUAUAAAUGAAAUUGAAAGUGAAGAAGGAUUUAUAUAUGAACUAAAUAAUGGGUGUUUAUGUUGCUCGAAUAAGAGUAAUUUUGUAAAAUUAAUUGAAAAUAUUUUAUCCUUAAAAACUUCAUAUGAUUAUAUUUUCGUUGAAGUUUCUGGUGUUUAUGAUAAUAUAAAAAUCAAUAAUCUCUUAUGGUUAGAUGAAUUAAACAAAUCUAAAAUAUAUUUGGAUAGUAUUAUCCACAUAAUAGAUUCUUACAAUUUUUUAAAUUCUUUUAAUGACAAUAUACAAUAUUAUGAAUCGUUAAAAAAAUCAAAUAAUAUAUCAAAUAGAGAAAAUUUUAACAAUAACAUAUUUGAAAAUAAAGACAAUAUAGUAUGCGAACAAAUAAUUGUUUGCGAUGUUAUAAUUAUAAACAAAAUAGAUAAAAUUAGUAUGCUUGAUAAAGAAAAAAUAAAAACUUUUAUUAAUAAUAUAAACCCAUUAAGUUCUAUAUAUUUAACAAGUUACUCAGUAAUUCCUAUUGAAGAUAUAACUAACUUAAGAUGCUAUGAAAAAAGGAAUAUAAAAAAUGUGUUAAAUACUGUAGGUAAUAAAAAAUAUUUUCAUUAUAUAGAUUUUAACAACUGCUCUUUUGAAUAUGAGCAUAAUAUAUUAUAUUUAAUUCACUUGAGUGAUCAAUUAAAUAAAAUGAAAAAAAAUUUUUUAAAAGAAAAAAAUAAAAAUAUUUUAAAAGAUAUUUUUUCCUUGAAAAAAAACAACAUUUUCUCAUAUAAAAAAAUUAAUGAUAUUUUAGCAUCGCUUUUGUGGGGUAACGACUUACAUAUAUAUCGUGGAAAAGGGAUUUUUGUAGCUUUCAAUGAUGAUAUUUAUAAUAACAAAAAUAAAUUAAAAUUAAGUAUAUAUUAUUAUCAGAGUGUUGGAGAUUUAUUUGAAAUUAAUCUAGUUAUUAGUGAUCUUCAUGUAUUUUUUAGAAAUUACUUAAAAACAUCUCAAGAAGGAGAACGGAAAUAUGAAAAUAAUUAUUUGAACCAUUCUCCAUUCGUUGAUAAUAAUUUAACUAGUUUAAGUAAUAAUAAUGAUAACAUAAAUAAUGAUAAUAAUAUGUUAUUUAUUUAUAAAGAUUUCUUUGAUGAUGAAAAUUAUUUUUCUGAUGAUUCUACCACCAGUGAUAAUGGCGAAUAUAAUUUAAAUAAUAUUUUGAAUAGUUACGAUAUUUUUACGUCAAAAUUUUUAUUUAUAGGAAAGAAUAUCAACACAGAAGAAGUAAAAAAUAGAUUAAACGAAUGUUUAUAUAAUUAA